AUGUUGGCAGAGCCCGAGAAAGAGUCUGAUGUAGCCCUGGACUCCUACAGGUGUCAGUGGUUAAAUGUGGUCUCCUCCAGCCAGCCGGGCGCCUGGAGGGCCAUGUGCGUGAGGACCACUGAGAUAACCUGCCAUGAAGACAUCCACCUCCACCCAGCUCUGACCCUCCGGAACCUUCUGCCUUACAGCAUCAGAUAUCUACUGGAGGGCUCAGCAGAGUUCCAUGAGCUCCAGGAGGGCAGCACGGCAGACGUCCUGAACGCCCGUAUAGGAGGUGAGAUCAUGGAGAUGGUCCUGGUUAAAUACCAGGGUCGGAACUGGUCCGGACGUAUCCGUAUCGCCCAGGACAUGCAGGAGUUCUUCCCCGUGUGCUUCACCUGCGACUCGGCCCAGGAGCUGAGCGUGGACCUGAGCGUGCACGUGGCGCGGCUGCAUGGACGUCUGACGCUGGCCGUGUUCAGCCCGUACUGGAUCGUCAAUAAGACGUCCAGGGUUCUGCAGUACCGCGCGGAGGACGUCUCCGUCAAACACGCGUCGGACUUCAGGGACGCGUCCUCUUCUCCUUCAAGAAAAAGAACAUCUUCAGCAAGAACAAGCUGCAGCUCUGUGUGUCCACCAGUUCCUGGUCUGAUGGCUUCUCAUUGGAUACGGUGGGGAGUUAUGGGUGUGUCAGAUGCCCUGCCAACACCAUGGACUAUCUGGUUGGCGUCAGCAUUCAGAUGAGUAGUUUCAACCUGACCAAGAUGGUGACCAUGAGUCCGUUCUUCACGCUGGUCAACAAGUCUUCCUACGAGCUGGAGGUGGGAGAGGUGCAGACAGAGGAGGGCAGCGUCAAUGGGAAGUGGCACUACAUCUCCUCU